AGCGCCGCCUUUAUCCGCCCGGUGCGGGGCGGUUCCGCGGUGCGCGGCGGCGCUUCCGCCACCAUGAACUACAUGCCGGGUACGGCCAGCCUCAUCCAGGACAUCGACAAGAAACACCUGGUCCUGCUGAGGGACGGUCGGACGCUGAUCGGCUUCCUACGCAGCAUCGAUCAGUUCGCAAAUCUGGUGCUGCAUCAAACCGUGGAGCGCAUUCACGUGGGCAAGAAGUAUGGAGACAUCCCUCGAGGGAUCUUUGUCGUGAGAGGAGAGAACGUGGUGCUGCUGGGGGAGAUCGACCUGGAAAAAGAGAGCGACACGCUGCUGCAGCAGGUAUCCAUCGAGGAGAUCCUGGAGGAGCAGCGAGUGGAGCUGCAGGCCAAGCAGGAAUCAGAGAAGCUGAAGGUGCAGGCGUUGAAGGAACGUGGCCUGGUGGUGCCCAGGGCUGACACGUUGGAUGAGUACUGAUGGGAUGGGAACGGCUGCCCACGGAACUCAGCUCUGUGCUGCGUGGUGCAGGCACUGAAAUCGUGGUUUCUGUUCCUCCUUGAGGAAAAGGAGGAGAGAUGACAUCGGGGCACCCUCGGAGGUAACCGGACGCUCCGGGGUGCGUGGCAGUUUCUGUUCAGAGAUGAACACCUCUGUUCUUUUUUUGGUUUGUGUCUUCUGGCUCCUGGCGUGGAGCUGAGUGAGAGCUUCCCUUCACCUGUAAAUAAAUCCCUGACCUCAGCAGCAA